UGUCCUCUUCUGUCUCAAUUCACCAAUGACAAAAACCCUAGCAAAUUUUCCAAAUAUCAAUAACCAUCCCCAUUUCUUAAAUUCCUUAAUAUCUAAUUCUUCCAUGGAUUUCUUCAAGUCCGUCUUGGCCGAUGAUCCACCGCCUUCCGACUCCGAUGAGUCCCAACGGGAAGACCAACACGAAGUUGUAGAAGAAGAAGAAGAAGAAGAAGAAGAAGUUUCAGGCCCGGAACCGAACCUUAACAAUCGAAAUACCGCUUGGAGCUUCGGGGGUUUGAUCAAGACGUUAGCAACGAAAUCCGAGUCCGUGAUCCAGAAUUACCGCCGGGAUCUCGAGGACUUCAGGACUGAAUUGAAGAAUGAGACAUCGGCGAUACGAGAAGUGGCCUCACGCGCCGUCAAGGACCUACCUGCCUCCCUCGAGGUCGGUGCGUCCGUGGCCCAGGAAUCUCUCGAGUCGGUCGGCCAAGCCAUUGAUGACAUCGGCAGCACCGUCUGGAAAUCGACGGCCGGGAUUAUAGCCCAAGGUAGGGAAACACUCUUGGUCGCCGAUCUGCAUUCUGAUCAUUCGGAUAUUAACAACAGCUACAAUAAUAAUAAACAAUUAACUAGUAGUAGCAGCCGGAGCUUGGAUUUCAAACCAUACAGCAGGUUCGAAGCUCAGGUUCGUGCAAUCCAGAGCAAUAAAAACACUUACUUGGAAGAACCUGAGGAUUUGGAUAAUUACCAGGUGUGGAAAUCAGGGUUCUCAUUGGAUGAGAAAAAGGAAGAGAUUGAGAAAUUGAUGGCGGAAAAUGUAAUUAUCAGCGAGAUUUAUGGCAAUCUUGUUCCUGAUAAGGCUGAGCAUGAGAGCUUCUGGUACAGGUACUUGUACAGGUUUCAUAGGUUGAAGGAAGUUGAGGAUGCUAGAGCUAAGAUCGUGAAGCGAGCAAUUUCUGGGGAAGACGAGGAUUUGAGUUGGGAUGUGGACGAUGAAGACGAAGAAGAAGAAGAUAAUCGUGGUGGGUCUGUUUCAAAGGUUAAUUCGAGUUUGAAUGCUGAGUUGGAAAAGCAAACUUCUUCUGGUGGAGAAGUUAUCACUGCAAAGAAACGGAGUGACUCAGAGAGUGUUGAAAGAAGUGGCAGUGACGAUAUAGACAAGAAAUUUGAUGAGAGAGAGGCAACGGAGGAGGGGAAGACAGAGAGUCGUGAUUCUUCUUGCAAAGACAGCGACGUUUCGAUUGUGUCAAGACCCGAGGAAGAAGAUCUUGGGUGGGAUGAGAUCGAAGAUAUUAGAAGUAGCGAUGAGAGUAAAGGAGGAGUAGAUGCUGCUGUUGGUGGGAGCACCAACAGAGCUGAUUUGCGAAAGCGGCUCAGUGCCGCUGAGGAAGAUGAAGAUCUCAGUUGGGAUAUUGAAGAUGAUGACGAUGAUGAUGCCAGUAAAGAUGGAACCGUCAAAGCUUGAAUUUAUUAUUUUUAUUUUAUGUUUUCGUUUCCACUAAGAUUGCAAAGCAAGGUCUGGGUUGGAGUCUCCCUUAUUAGAUUCCGAAGUUGAUAUUCUUAAUUUGCUUAACAUAUACGUUUGUUGCGUAAAUAUUUUCUUAAUUUAUGAAAAUUUAUAAGUGAUUAGAUUCAUGUAACAGUUAUAGUUAUAAUAAAUUCAUUUCCAUUCUGGAAUUUUGGA